UAACUGCCUGAUAAGGGACGCUACUCAGAGUUACACUCUCUUUUCAUCACUUCCGGUUGUGUGGUAUAUCAGCUCAAGAAGUACCAAAGGUGCAUGUUCAGCUACAUCCGACGAUGGCACUAGAAGUAAAAAUUAGUCAACAAAAGCCAGCAUUUGCGGCACUCCUUACUGCAGAAUUUCUUAGAACCAAGAGGACUGGAGUGACAUGGACUUUCGACGUGAACAAUAGUCUUUCUUUGGACAAGGAUGUCACUUUUUCAUCAUCGGCAUCCAUAAGUCGUUACCUGUCCAGAGCUUUCCCAGCUACUAAUCUACAGGGCAAGGAUAUCCUGGAAAAGACUGAGGUUGAUCACUGGAUUACUUUUGCAUUUGGACAACUGUCAUGUUCUUCAGAGUUUGCCACUGCUUUAGAGUACCUUGACAGCGUGUUAAAACCUGCAACUUACCUUGUAGGCCAUGGUCUGACAAUAGCAGAUUUCACUGUGUGGGAGGUUCUACAUGGAAGCGGCCAGUGGCACAAACAGCUGCAAAAUUCUCCUCCACAAAAUGUUGCACGCUACUACAACUUCCUCUGCACGCAGGUUCCAUUUUCUAUUGUCCUUGAUCAACUUCCCAAGCCUGAUGUUAGAGAAACUUCAAAAGCGGCAAACACACAGGUGAAAAAAGAUGAAGGGAAGUUUGUGGAUCUCCCAGGAGCUGAAGAGGGCAAAGUUAUUGUACGUUUUCCACCUGAAGCUAGUGGAUAUCUGCACAUUGGUCAUGCCAAAGCAGCCUUGCUGAACACCUACUAUCGUGACAUGUUCAAGGGUACUCUUAUUAUGCGUUUUGAUGAUACCAACCCUGCAAAGGAGAAUGCUGAAUUCGAAAAGGUUAUCCUUGAAGAUCUGAAAAUGCUUGGUGUGAACUAUGACAAGUAUAGCCACACUUCCGACCAUUUUGACAUCUUGCUAGGAUUUUGUGAGCAGCUAAUCCGUGAGGGCAAAGCCUAUGUUGAUGACACAGAACCUGAAUUGAUGAAAAAAGAGAGAGAAGAGAGGGUGGAGUCAAAGAACAGGAACAACAGCAUGGAGAAGAACCUGCUCAUGUGGGAGGAAAUGAAGAAGGGGAGUGCCGCUGGUCAGAAGAGUUGCGUACGUGCCAAAAUAGAUAUGAACUCCAACAAUGGCUGCAUGCGGGAUCCAACCCUCUACCGCUGCAAAAAUGAGGCUCAUGUCCGAACUGGUGAUAAAUACAAGGUGUACCCUACCUAUGACUUUGCUUGCCCGAUAGUGGAUAGCUUGGAGAACGUGACACAUGCUUUGAGAACAACAGAGUACCAUGAUCGUGAUGAGCAGUAUUUUUGGAUUCUUGAUGCCCUGAACAUGAGAAAGCCAUACAUCUAUGAAUACAGCCGUCUGAACCUACAGAACACAGUUCUAUCUAAGCGCCACCUCACCUGGUUUGUCAAUGAAGGAUUGGUGGAUGGAUGGGAUGAUGCUCGCUUUCCUACCGUCAGGGGUGUGUUGAGACGAGGCAUGACUGUAGAGGGUCUAAAACAGUUUAUUGUUACACAGGGCUCGUCUCGAUCUGUGGUCAUGAUGGAGUGGGACAAGAUAUGGGCAGUUAAUAAAAAGUUGACCCCAUUCGUUCCACGAUUCACUGCUCUUCUCAAAGAAGAAGUUGUGUUGGUGAAUGUUGUAGGAGCCAGACCUGACGUUAAGGAAAUUCCCAAACAUCCCAAGAACAAUGAUGUAGGCACAAAGAAAGUGUGGUAUGGGCCUAAAGUCUACAUAGAGGGAGCAGAUGCAGCAGUGCUAGCAGAAGGUGAGGUCGUGACCUUUAUUAACUGGGGGAACAUCAUCAUCAGGAAAAUCAACAAGGAUGCUCAAGGAAAAAUCACAUCCAUUGAUGCAGAAACUAAUCUUGAAAAUACUGACUACAAGAAAACCCAGAAAAUUACAUGGUUGACAGAUGUCGAGGUGGCUGCAGAUGCAAAUGAGGGGGCUCUCAUACCAGCAGUGUGCGUGCAGUUUGAUCAUAUUAUUACCAAAGGAGUGCUUGACAAAGAUGAAGACUUCAAGAGCUAUGUGAAUACUGCAUCGAAGAAAGAACAAGAGAUGCUUGGCGACCCAUCUUUGGCGACAUUGAAGAAAGGGGAGAUCAUCCAGCUUCAGCGGAGGGGCUACUUCAUCUGCGAUCAGCCAUAUCAGCCAGCCAGUCCAUACACUGGAAGAGCAAGUCCAUGUGUGCUGUUUAAUGUACCUGAUGGACACCAGAAGGAGAUGCCUACUGCAGGUUCCAAGCAUAAGCAGCAGGAGGUGGAGAGCAGCAAAAAGAAAACAGACCAAGGCAGUGCCAAGGAGAAGGCUCAAAACAAGAAAGGAAAAGCGGCAGAGAAAUCGCCACUAGAGGAGCAGCCGCCAGAGAAAGUUGGAUCAGUAGCAGUGGCUGAGCUGGAUAGUCGCAUUCGUUCUCAGGGAGAUAAAGUCCGCCAGCUAAAGACUGACAAAGCACCAAAGUCUGAUGUAGAUGCUGAAGUUCAGAAUCUUCUGGCUUUAAAGAAGCAGUACAAAGAAGCUACUGGAAAGGAGUGGUCUUUGCCAAAGACCAAUUCAGAGCCAAUGAAGACUACAGUGUCCACGGAGGUAAAAAUGACAGCCCAGCAGGUCUCACUGGCCGCGAAUACACCAACGAUCAAUGAGCUUGAUAACAAGAUUCGUACUCAAGGAGACAAAGUUCGACAGCUGAAAGCAGACAAGGCUCCAAAGUCUGAAGUAGAUGCUGAAGUUCAAAACCUUCUGGUAUUAAAGAAGCAGUACAAAGAAGCUGCUGGAAAAGAAUGGUCCUUGCCAAAGGCUAACACGGAGCCAGCAAAGGCUCCAGCUGAGGUGAAGAAGGCAGCUCAGCAGGUCUCGCAGGUAACAAAUACAUCAGCUUCCAAUGAACUUGACAACGAGAUUCGCGUACAAGGAGACAGAAUUUGGCAGCUCAAGGCAGAUAAGGCUCCCAAGUCUAAAAUAGACCAGGAAGUGCAACAACUGCUUGGUCUUAAGAAACAGUACAAAGAGGCAACAGGAAAGGACUGGGCGCCAUCUAAAGAAGCACCUACCACAGAAAAAGACACAGGUGUGCAGGUAAAGCAAGGCAACAAAAAGGGAAAUAAAGGAAAAGAGGAGAGAGUAUGCCUGGUGUACUACACCACAAUAGUUUCACAUUCAUUCGUCUUCCCACAGGAGGAAUUAGACCAGGCUUUGCAGAAGCUUUUGGAAUUAAAAGCACGAUACAAGGACUUGACUGGAGUGGAUCUAACUGGUGGUGCCAAGCGAGACAAGAAAUCAGGGGGAGGUAGUGCUGCAGAUGGCGAAAAAGGCAAAGGGGGUGCAAAGCAAAAGGAAGCAAGCAAGAAGAAAGGGGCAGGUGACUCAGUUGAUGCCAAGGAGAGCAAGGAUGAGGGAGCUUCUGUCAGGGAGGUCAAGAAAGUCACAAGGUGGAGCAGGGUUGGGCAUGGAGCCAGAAAAGAAGAAAACUUAGCAGAUUGGUACUCUCAGAUUAUCACAAAAUCUGAGUUGAUCGAAUAUUAUGAUGUGAGUGGCUGUUACAUCUUGCGCCCUUGGGCCUACUCAAUCUGGGAGAGCAUCAAGGAAUUCUUUGACAGGGAAAUCAAGAAGCUGGGAGUUGAGAAUUGUUACUUCCCAAUGUUUGUCUCUCAUUCAGCGCUGGAGAAGGAAAAAACUCAUAUCGCUGAUUUUGCUCCAGAGGUUGCUUGGGUGACGAGAUCAGGACAGUCAGAGCUUGCUGAGCCCAUUGCCAUUCGCCCAACCAGUGAGACAGUCAUGUACCCAUCUUUUGCCAAGUGGAUAAAAUCCCACCGAGACCUCCCACUGCGCCUCAACCAAUGGUGCAACGUUGUGAGGUGGGAAUUCAAACAUCCACAACCUUUCCUGCGGACACGUGAAUUUCUAUGGCAGGAAGGUCACACCGCAUGGGCUACUCAAGAGUCUGCAGUGGAGGAGGUAUAUGCCAUCUUGGAACUGUAUGCAAGAGUUUAUGAGGAGCUUCUUGCCAUUCCCGUUGUAAGAGGCCGCAAGACAGAAAAGGAAAAGUUUGCAGGUGGUGACUUUACCACCACUGUGGAGGUCUACAUCUCAGCCAGUGGCCGUGCCAUUCAGGGUGCUACCUCACACCACCUAGGCCAAAACUUUUCCAAGAUGUUUGAGAUUGUUUUUGAGGAUCCAGAAACACAGCAGAAGCAGUAUGCAUACCAGAACUCCUGGGGUCUGACAACGCGUACUAUUGGAGUGAUGACCAUGGUACAUGGGGAUAACAAUGGGCUCAUCCUACCCCCUCGAGUUGCAUGCUUGCAGGUGGUGAUUGUACCAUGUGGAGUAACAACAUCACUAACAGAAGAAGAGACUAAGGCAUUGUACCAAAGGUGUGAGGAAAUUGCUGCAACACUCAAGGAAAACAACAUCCGAGCACAAGCUGAUAUACGAGACAAUUAUUCUCCAGGAUGGAAAUUUAAUCACUGGGAGCUGAAGGGUGUUCCAUUGCGAUUGGAGCUGGGACCACGUGACAUGAAGAACAAACAAGUGGUGUUCGUUCGCCGUGACACUGGUGCCAAGUCAACAGUGUCUGAUGCUGGCCUGGUGAAACAGAUUUCAGAAACUCUGGAAAGUAUACAAGAGAAUCUGUAUAAAAAGGCAGAAGCAGAGCUGAAGGACUGCCUAGCUGUGUCAAAUGAUUGGAAUCAGUUCUGUCAAUCAUUGGACCAAAAGAAGCUCAUCCAGGCUCCAUUCUGUGGAGAAAUUUCAUGUGAAGAUGCUAUCAAGAAAGACAGUGCAAGGGAUGUGGUGGUAGAGGAAGGGGCACCAGCAAUGGGUGCUAAAGGCCUGUGCAUUCCAUUCAAACAACCAGCAGAACUUGUUCAUGGAGCAUUGUGUAUACACCCACAGUGUGGAAAAGCAGCCAAGUACUACACGCUCUUUGGGCGAAGCUAUUGAUUUAAUGUCCAUGAAGAAACAAUCAGGGUAGUUAACUUGUAUGUCUAGCUAAUGCUGUUUGAUACUGACAAUAUUCAUUGCAAUGCUAAAAACUUGAGUGUCUUGCUAAUGCUGUCUGCUACUGACAAUAUUUGUUGCAAUGCAAAAAAACUGUAAUGUCUGCUAGCUCAAUGCUGUCUGCUACUGACAAUAUUUUCAAUAUGAAUCCUUACAGGCACACCAAGCUGUCACAAUAUUAACUAGGAUUGAAUAAAGAUUUCAUCUUAAGUGUA